AUGUGCGAAUACACCCAAGUCGAGUAUCGCUGCGGCCACGUCCGCUACACAGUACGAGCAUGGUGUAUCGACUACGAGACGACACACAAGCGAUGUCCCCCAUGCGUAGUCGCCGUCCAAUACAGGAGACUGCCGCGCUCCAGCUAUCCACCCGAGCUGGAUGAUCUACCACCAGACGAAGAACGCGAGCGUGCACACCCGCAGCAGCGUAGCGGGACAAUGACAGCGAAUCAAACCGGACAUAACGGCGUGAAAGAAAGCGGAACGGAACCAACCCAGAAAGCGAUUUGCUUGCUUGCGCGUGUGUGUUGUGUGUUUUUCUGGUGGGGAGGGGGGAGGGGGGGAGCGAGCGGGCCACAUAAUAUUGGGAUAGAAAAGAGCGCGGCGUCUAUGAGAAUCAUGUCUAGCUAUGACUUUUGGGAACUGGGAGAAAGGAGAAGGGGGGGAAGGGAGCGGGGCGUGAAGGGAAGGGUAGUGCGUUGA